UAAAGAAAGAAUAAGGGAAGAAAGAUUGGCCCAAAAUAGUUGUCCACAUUAAAAUUUCGCAAGAAUUGAUAUAAUAUAACGUUUUCGUCAUAAAAAAAUAAUGGAUGCUAAUACAGAUAAAAAUGAAGUACUAUUUGGUUGGUGUGACAAAAGUACUCGUUUAUUGUUAGACAAAUACGAGCAAUAUUUGCCUUUAAUUGGACCUAUGAAACAAUUUAAAAAUAAAAAAUUAAUGUGGAUACAAAUAUCAAAUGAUAUAUUAACACAACUAAACAUUGAACGAAGCGCUGUACAAUGUGAAAAUCGUUACAAGACCAUAUUAAAACGUAAGAUGCAAUCUGGGAAAAGCAAUCAACAGUCAGGUGCAAAAAGAACAAGAGUUGAAUUUGAAGAAGAAUUAAACAAGAUAAAAGCAAUAGAUGACAGUUUAGAACCUGAAAUUUUGCAAGGUCCUGGGAAAAUUAUUGAAAAGAAUAAAGAAAAUAUACCAAAGGAUUGUACAGGAAAAAAAAAGAAAAAAAUGACUGUAAGUGAGACUUUGUUACAGAUUCAAAAAGAAAAAGAAGAAAAAAGAGAGAAAAGACAUAAUGAAAGACUUGAAGUAUUACGUGAUUUUAUAAAGAUAUUUUCAACAGAUAAUACAACUGACAAUAAUAGCGAGUAG